CGUCUGUGUUCUAUUUAUCACAAGUCCCCACGUUAUCGCCACGUAGUUUUUUCAGCAAAAAGCCACUACUUUUUAGACACUGAUAAAUGGUCUAAUGAAUGAUUCCUACUUAAAUCUUUCACAUAGCGACUGUUAACAGCCGAUAAGAAACAAAUAAAACCCCAAAAAACAAAAAAAGAAAGAAAUACAGUGAAACAAAGAGCAAUCUUCACAAAUACAUCGUCGCGAUGCAGAGCCAAUACAACAUGCGUAGUCCAGCUGUGAAGCGUCUAAUGAAAGAGGCACAAGAACUGAAAGAUCCAACUGAGUUAUUCUAUGCCCAACCAUUAGAAGAUAACUUAUUUGAGUGGCAUUUCACAAUUCGCGGUCCAAUCGAUACGGAUUUUGAUGGUGGAAUUUUCCAUGGCCGUAUUGUUCUUCCACCAGAUUACCCCAUGAAACCUCCCAGUAUUAUUAUUUUGACUCCCAAUGGUCGUUUCGAAGUUAACAAAAAGAUCUGUUUGAGUAUAUCUGGUCAUCACCCAGAAUCAUGGCAACCAUCUUGGUCAAUUCGUACUGCAUUGUUAGCCAUAAUAGGAUUUAUGCCUACUCAUGGGGCUGGUGCUAUUGGAUCCCUUGAUUACACAACUGAUGAACGGAAAGUACUUUCUAAAAAGUCCCUGUGCUGGAAAUGUCCUGUGUGUGGUUCUGUAAAUAAUGUGUUGAAAUCCUUAACUGAUGCUUCCAAGAAAACCAGUGAAGAAGCUAAAGAUUUAGCUUCAAAGAUUAAUUUUCAGAGUGAGAAGGGAAGUAAAUCUGGCUCUGAUAAGGCUUCUACGGCUGCAACCACAUCGUCUAACGCUGGGUUUACUGGUAGCAGUACAGUAGCAGGAGCAGAAGGAGGAGGAGGUGCCACAGCAGCAGGUGCAGCCACUGCAGCAGCAGCAGCAGCAACAACAUCUACCCCAGCCUGGAUGAUGCCACCCAACAUGAACUACCCUUCACCCUUAAACAUGGGCAGCAUGCCAGGGAUGUUUCCUCAGUCAUCUCCUUUCUUUGCUCCGAUGACCGGGCAGUUUCCUUACCAUUUCAGAUUUCCAUAUCCUCCCACCAGUAUGGACCCAAAUGUCAAUUCCAUGCCAAACUGUCGAAUGAUGCCCCCGUUUCCAAAUCCAUUUUUACCCCCAAUGUUUCCCGCUAAUUAUGCCUUCCCCCAGCCUGGUGUCGCCGACAACUCAAACGCUUCCGCUGCGAAUGCUAUGCCAUUUUCUUUCCCUUUCAUGCCCGGUUUUCCAACUAUGCCCGCUGCCGUGUCUGCGACAAGUGCAAGUGUCACGACCUCUGCUCCUGUUUCAAGCCCUGCUACUGUAACAUCCAGCUCUACCAGUUCAACAGCAGCUUCUCAGUCGAAACAGCUGACUUCAUCUUCUGCAUCCAAACCAACUUCUACUAAUCCGUCCACCACAACCACCACUACUACAACCACUACUGCUACUACUAAUAAAUCAUUACUCAAUGCCACUGGAGGCGUAUCCCAGGACAGUACAGAUUCUGCUAGCACCCAAGAUCUUUCAGUUCCCGCCCCGUCGACGUCAUCACAGCGAGUCUCAGAUAAUGUGUCAGACAACACAUCGCCAAAUGUAGAGACCGUCACGGCUGGCAGGAAUGAUGUGGAUGUUGUAGCCUGUCCUUCACCUUCCUCUUCUUCUCCUCCCCAUGCUUCUGCCACACAAAGCACGACUUCACCUGGAACUACACUUCGGCAUCGUACGACGUCUGCUGUUACGACACCUUCGUCGUCAUCAGAAACAUCACUGUCAUCAACGACGACAACAACAACUACAACAACAACAACAACACCAGCAAACACGUCUAAUACAAACACAUCCGCCACUACAACAACAACAACAUCAGCAGCUCCACAGAUGGAGACUGCAGACGUAGCUUCACCGCCAAACGCUACCACGCAGAGACCGUCUUCAAGGGGUACGGCCAGCUUCGUCCUGAUGGUCAUGCUAGGAGCAAUGAUCCUUUUGCUGUGUUUGCGCCGUCUUUAUGUCAGCGUAGACCAUUUACCAUAUUCAGAUUAUAUGCAGUAGACACGUGAGAAUCUCCACAUUUAGCAAACUAUUUCGAUUGCACUGAAACUUGAGUGACCCCAACUCGAGUACCCCCCACUAUCGUCGUCAAUUGUCUUUUUAGACCAGAUUCCACUCUCCGUUAUUUGAAGUGGUGAUGGGGGUAAAUAUACAGAUACAGGCAUGCAUUUAUAUAUAUAUAUAUAUAUAUAUAUAUAUAUAU